AUGUCGGCCGCGCCGUCGAAGAAGGCCGCGAACCGGCUGGUGGUUGAGGAGGCGACCGACGACGACAACUCCAUGUGCAAGCUCCACCCGGCCACCAUGGAGAGCCUCUCGAUAUUCACUGGCGACGUCGUGCUGCUCAAGGGCAAGCGCCGCCGCAGCACGCUCUGCAUCGCCAUCGCCGACGACACAUGCGAGGAGCACAAGAUGAAGAUCAACAAGGUGGUCCGCUCCAACCUGCGCGUCCGCGUCGCCGACGUCGUGUCCGUGCACCAGUGCCACGACGCCAGGCACGGGACGCGCGUGCACGUCCUGCCGGUGGACGACACCGUCGAGGGCAUCACCGGCAGCCUCUUCGAAUCGUACCUCAAGCCCUACUUCAUGGACGCCUACCGGCCCGUCCGCAAGGGCGACCUCUUCCUCGUGCGCGGCGGCAUGCGGAGCGUCGAGUUCAAGGUCAUGGACAUCGAUCAGGGCGAGGACCUCGAGUACUGCAUUGUGGCUGCCGACACGGAGAUCUUCUGUGAGGGAGAGCCCGUGAAGAGGGAGGACGAGGAGAGGCUCGAUGACGUCGGCUACGAUGACGUGGGUGGUAUGCGCAAGCAGAUGACGCAGAUAAGGGAGUUGGUCGAGCUGCCGCUCAGGCACCCGCAGCUCUUCAAGUCCAUCGGCGUCAAGCCUCCCAAGGGCAUCCUUCUCUACGGCCCUCCCGGCUCCGGCAAGACCCUCAUCGCCCGCGCCGUGGCCAACGAGACCGGGGCCUUCUUCUUCUGCAUCAACGGCCCGGAGAUCAUGUCCAAGAUGGCCGGAGAGAGCGAGAGCAACCUCAGGAAGGCAUUCGACGAGGCGGAGAAGAACGCGCCCUCCAUCAUCUUCAUUGACGAGAUCGACUCCAUCGCUCCCAACAGGGAGAAGACCCACGGCGAGGUCGAGAGGCGUAUCGUCUCCCAGCUGCUCACCUUGAUGGACGGCAUGAAGGCCCGCGCGCACGUCAUCGUUAUGGGCGCCACGAACCGCCCGAACAGCAUCGACCCUGCCCUCCGGCGCUUUGGUAGGUUCGAUCGCGAGAUCGACAUUGGCGUACCGGAUGAGGUCGGCCGCCUCGAGGUCCUCCGCAUCCACACCAAGAAUAUGAAGCUGGAUGUUGACGUCAACUUGGAGGUGGUUGCCAAGGAUACGCACGGCUACGUCGGUGCCGACUUGGCCGCGCUCUGCACCGAGGCGGCACUGCAAUGCAUCAGGGAGAAGAUGGGCGUGAUCGACCUAGAGGACGACACCAUCGACGCGGAGAUCUUGAACUCCAUGGCCGUCACCAAUGACCACCUUAAAACGGCUCUCGUCGGCACGAAUCCAUCUGCACUUCGGGAGACCGUCGUCGAGGUGCCCAACGUCAGCUGGAACGACAUCGGCGGCCUCGACGGCGUCAAGAGGGAGCUCCAAGAGACCGUCCAGUACCCAGUGGAACAUCCGGAGAAGUUUGAGAAGUUCGGCAUGUCGCCUUCCAAGGGUGUCCUCUUCUACGGGCCACCGGGGUGCGGCAAAACCUUGCUGGCCAAGGCGAUCGCUAAUGAAUGCCAGGCCAACUUCAUCAGCAUCAAGGGACCUGAGCUGCUCACGAUGUGGUUUGGCGAGAGCGAGGCCAACGUUCGUGAGAUCUUUGACAAGGCGCGCCAGUCUGCACCGUGCAUCCUGUUCUUCGACGAGCUCGAUUCCAUCGCGAUGCAAAGGGGCCGGAGCGUGGGCGACGCCGGCGGCGCGGCGGACAGGGUUCUGAACCAGCUGCUGACCGAAAUGGACGGCAUGAACGCCAAGAAGACGGUGUUCAUCAUUGGCGCCACCAACCGGCCUGACAUCAUCGACUCGGCGCUGCUCCGGCCCGGCCGCCUGGACCAGCUCAUCUACAUCCCCUUGCCCGACGAGGCCUCAAGGCACCAGAUCUUCAAGGCCUGUCUCAGGAAGUCUCCCGUGGCCAAGGACGUCGACCUCGGUGCGCUCGCGAGGUUCACGGCAGGGUUCAGUGGCGCCGACAUCACAGAGAUCUGCCAGAGGGCGUGCAAGUAUGCGAUCAGGGAAGACAUCGAAAAGGACAUGGAGAGGCAGAGGCUGGGGAAAGAUAGCAUGGAGGUAGACUGUGUGCAGGAAGCAGAGGAGGUGGCUGAGAUCAAGGCAGCUCACUUUGAGGAGUCAAUGAAGUAUGCAAGGAGGAGCGUGAGCGACGGCGACAUCAGGAAGUACCAGGCCUUUGCUCAGACGCUCCAGCAGUCCAGAGGGUUCGGCACGGAGUUCCGCUUCCCGGCGCAGCCACAGGCGGCAGAAGCUGCUACCAACACCUUGGCGGCAGCUGAUGAAGACGAUCUGUACAAUUGA